AUCAUAUAAUCAUAUUCUUGUUUAUCAUUCUGUAAUCUAUACCAUCUUUCUGAAUUUAGUUACAAACUUGGAUUAAAUACAGGAAUAAAAAAAGAGAGGAUGUUGGGUGUAUUUAGUAGCUCAGUGGUGUCACCGCCGGAGGAGUUGGUGGCUGCUGGAAGUCGCACGCCAUCGCCAAAGACGAAGGCCACCGAACUUGUCAGCCGCUUCCUUGCUGGAAAUCCCUCCGCGGUGUCGGCUCAGGUGGGUGAUGAUGCCCACUUGGCCUUCACACAUCAAGGGGAGUCAGCUCUCAAGCCUAGGUCAUUUGCAGUGAAAGAUGAUAUAUUUUGCAUGUUUGAAGGAGCACUUCAUAACCUAGGCAGUCUAAACCAACAUUAUGGAUUGGCAAAGACUGCCGAUGAAUCUGUACUAAUAAUUGAAGCUUACAAGGCCCUUCGUGAUCGAGCACCUCACCCUACGAACCAUGUUAUCUGCCACCUUGACGGAGAUUUCUCUUUUAUUGUCUUCGACAAGUCUACUUCCGCCUUGUUUGUAGCAUCGGAUCAAUAUGGGAAGGUACCUCUAUAUUGGGGAAUCACUAGUGAUGGUUAUGUCGCAUUUGCAAAUGACGCAGAUUUGCUUAAAGGUUCUUGUGGCAAGUCCCUUGCUUCUUUCCCUCAAGGGUGUUUUUUCUCUACUGCCAUUGGAGAACUAAGGAGCUAUGAGAAUCCUAAGAACAAGAUUACUGCCAUCCCUGGCACUGAUGAGGAAAUCUGGGGUGCUACUUUUAAGGUAGAAGGGUCAGCAGUUUUGGCAGCCACAAAAUAGAUUGCCUAAAAGUCACAUCAAUCCAUCUAUUUAUGUAACCAAUCAAUGAUGUUUGCUUCAAUAUAUGUUAAUGUGUGGUUCUUAGAAGUACUUAUUUUAUUAUGGUCAUCCAAACAUUCAUACAAGUGGGACUUGGGAGUAAUUACCUUUCAUGGGGAUGCCAUAGACUAUGAUUUUCGUACAUAAAUUUUUAGUGGUUCAUUUUUAGGCGUCUUGUGAACAACUCUUUUGUAUAUUGUAACUUUGUUUUGUGUUCUUUUUAUUUAACUUUUUUUAUGGGUUGAUUUAGGAAAAUAGAUUGUUGUAUUUGUUAUGCUCUUUUGACUUUGCAUUUUUAUUGUUUAAAUAUAUGAGAUUCUGUUGAGUUGUACGAUGUAAAUUAAAGAAACAAAGGGUGUAUUAUUAUUUUAUGGUCUCUUAUGUACAGAUCUACCAAUAAUCUUGAUACUUAAAUAAAGUUUCUUUUUUUUC